CGCGUUCCUAUCGAGCAAAACGUCGGAACGCAGCGUAAACGCCAUAAACGCACGUAUGUCGGAGUUUGACGGCGCAUUUGACUUUUCUGGUCGAAUAAACACAUUGGGAUAUUACAAAAGUUGAUUACCAAAUUCACGGUACGAGGAUAAAGCGAUGGCACUAUCGACCAGUCCAAUUUCACCGUCGGUUGACCUCAGCUCUUAUCGUGACCAGCACUUUAAGGGAUCUCGAGUUGAACAGGACCGACUAUUAAGGAACUCGACGACUCUGUACAUUGGUAAUCUCUCGUUUUACACUACAGAGGAGCAGAUAUAUGAACUAUUUUCAAAGUGCGGAGAUAUUAGACGAAUUAUUAUGGGACUGGAUAAGUACAAAAAAACUCCAUGUGGAUUUUGCUUUGUCGAGUACUAUUUGAGACCUGAUGCGGAAAACUGUAUGCGAUAUGUUAAUGGGACCCGUUUAGACGAUAGAAUUAUACGUACGGAUUGGGACGCUGGGUUCAUCGAAGGCAGACAGUAUGGUCGAGGAAAGACAGGUGGUCAGGUCAGAGACGAGUACAGAUCCGACUUUGACGGUGGCAGAGGUGGCUAUGGAAAAAUAAUCCAACAAAAAGUAACACCCGUUGUGGAUGGGGCAUUUGGUCGAUGAAGUACACACCUAUGGAUGACAAUCACAUUUGAUCAUGAUCGGUGAUCAGCCGCCAAAAUCGUCGUCGUCUAAUACGCGGACCAGUCUUCUGUACGUGUAAUCAAGAAAAACAUCCUGAAAUACUGUCGCAGAAUUCGGCGACCGCUUAUACUCUGAACAGUACUGUAUAUAUAUAUAUGUAUGUACACGGCAGGACUCGAGAGGGAUUCUUUGGUUAUAAUUCGUUCUUUUCGCGUCUUUUAGUAUCAGAAAUGAAGCUUCGGCGAUAUAACUUGUCCAAUCAUAAUAUUAAUGUUAUUAAUGGUAGGCACCGGUUAAAAUAAUAAUAAUAAUAGUAAUGCUAAAAUUAA